AUGACCGGUCCAGUUGGACACGGAUCUGCGCAGGCAUCCGUGUGUAAUUCCUACAAUGCCAUUCAGUGGCUGUAUUGUCUGCAAAUAAGGCCUCCGACUCCAGAGGAACGUGAAAGACUAUUUAGUAGUGGAUAUCUCACGAGAGAUGGUUUAGAAGUGUUCCUCAAUGUUUGGUGUAGCACACUGCAGCAGUAUGGUUCAUGUAUCUCUUCCAACACCCAACAAUGUUCGAACCAGGAGGAACUGCACCAACUACAUCUUGAGAAUGGAGGGCUGUGUACGGUUAAUGGGGAAGUCGACCCGCAGGUCCAGCCCUUUUUGCAGAGGUUUGUACAAUUGGCUUUAACAGGAAAUUGUGCCAUGUUUUGGAGAACGGUCUUCAACCCGUGCUAUCCGCGUGGAAACAGCGAGAUUCCUGACAGGCCAGAUUCUUCAAUGAAUAUCUCCAUGGGCAUUGAAUGGUGGACAAGAGCGCGGACUAAUACAGUCCGGUGCAUUAUGCAGAAAGAUACACCGCCACCUCCAGACAGUUGUGAAGGGACGACGGAAGUCGAUGCCAAGAUCUUCGAGGUGCUCAGCAACCUCUGGUCGAAACCUUACGGUGUCGGAGCCCACGUCGACAUAUCGGAGUUUAUUGAUCAGAUAUAACCCCAAAACAGAUAAAGAUUUACCCUCCCGUAAUAUCCCAGUAUAUGUUGUGAUUAUUGUAAUCUAUUUUUAGGGUUUUAGCAGCUAUUGUCAGCGCUUUUGAGAGAUGGGCACGC